GAAAACUUUUGUGAAUCCUGAUAGCCUAUGCACCUAUAGGCCGUAUUGCCAUUUCUGUUAACCUCUGCAACACAAAGUAAGUAGUAACCGCUCUUAGAAAAUAAAUUCAAGGAAAGCGAUGGUACGAGUAAGUCACAGUAAAUAAAACUGUACUAAAAUCAUCAUAGUUAUUGGUGCACUUGAUAAAUAAAAGUAAUCCUCAGAUUGUACUCACAAAUGUCACACAUUUGUUGCUUAAUGAUUCGAAGCUCAUUCAGAGCAAUUUGAUUAAUGAUGAGAUGGCCACAUCAACGCGCAUCAAAGUUCUGUACAGGCGUGUAAGCGGGAGACGUACAGAAAUAGGAAUUCAUCAAAUUACAGUGACUGCUACUUACAAAAAUAAUGGCUGUUAAAAGAAAGAAAUGGAAGCGGAAAAGAGUAAAGAAAGAUUAGCAAAUAUGAGGGAGACGAGCUUCAAGGCCGAGGAAAAUUAUGGUAAAUGUCGGAGUAAUAGCCAGAAAACACAACGCAGGAAAGAAUUAAAGAGCAGCGAGGAUGUAUGCUUCAUUUGCUUGGAUGGCGGAGACUUAGUUCUCUGUGAGCAAGGAUCUUGUGCAAAAGCAUACCAUCAAAGUUGUGUUAAUCGAGAUGAAGAAUACUUCGAACAAAAAGGAACAUGGAUUUGUGGUUGGCAUUUAUGUAAUGAUUGUGGCAAUCAAGCGAAAUUCUUCUGUUAUACAUGUGAAACUUCUUAUUGCAAAGUUUGUAUCAAUGAAGCUGAUUUUAUCCUCGUCAAGAAAACAAAGGGCCUCUGUGAGGAUUGCUUUAAACUUGUCAACAUGAUCGAAGAAAAUAAGAAUGUUGAUUCAGAGGGAAAUGAAGUAGAUUUCACUGACAAGGGAACUUAUGAGUUCCUGUUCAAGGAUUAUUGGCUUGAACUAAAAGAUAAACACUCAUUAACAUUGGCAGAUCCUCAUAAAGCACAAAUUCAUGAAGACGAUAUUAAGGAUGACACAGAUUCAGAAAGAAUACUUGAGAAAGAUAAUUUAUCAAAUACUGUCUCAGGUAAGAAGUUUGACUUGCAAGAUGAGGCGAAAUUUAAGGAGGACAAACGAAAGCAGUUGAAUACAAAGAGGUCAAGAUAUAAAAGGUCUGAAGAAAUGGAGUGCCAAUUAGAAACCAAGAGUAUACCAUUGGUAAAGAAUUUUGAUGGAUGGGCUUCAAAGGAACUUAUAGAACUAAUUGCGUACUUAGGUGAAGAGACCAAAAAUCCUUUUUCUUGGGUUGAAGUAAAGAAUUUGCUAUUGAAAUACAUUUCCAAGAAUAAACUAAAACAUCCUUUUAAAAGAAAUCAUGUUCUUUGUGACCCAAGAUUGUAUAAGCUCUUUGGCAAGGAUACUUUGCGGCUCCCUGAAAUGUAUAAGCUUCUUGAAUCACACAUAAUGCCAAAGCAGGGAAAUAUUAAAGAUGAACCUCAGAGGGUGGCUGUAACUACUGAUGAUAGUCACAUGGAUAUGGGGGGGAAUAAGGUGCCAAUAGACAUAACCAAGAGAGAGAAAAGACAUAAAUUGAAAAAGAAUGCAGAUGGCGAUAAAGGUCUUACAGAGAAUCUAAACGAAUUUGCUACCAUAAAUAUGCAUAAUGUCAGAUUAAUAUACUUGCAACGAGGUGCUCUUGAAGAUCUUCUGGAAGAUCUUAGAACUUUUAGUGAGAAAGUUACUGGCUCUUUUGUAAGGAUAAGAUUAACAGGAACAAGGAACCAACGAAUGCUGUGCCAUCGACUUGUUCAAGUUGUGGGUACAAAGAAAGUGCAAAAAGCUUACAUAACAGAGAGGAAAACGACAGACCUUAUUCUGGAAAUCUUGAAUUUGGACAAGGAGGAAUACAUUUUUAUUAAUGAAGUAUCCAAUCAUGAUUUCACCGAGGUAAAUAACAGGAGAAGGCAAAAUCAGGAACCUAAAGAUAAUAGGAGUGCAGUUGGGACUCUCAAAGCGCAUCGAGCAGCUACCCACACUGUUGAUCGACCUACAAGACCCACCUUUUUGAGAGAUGAACCUGAAGAAGAAGAAGGAAGAGGAGAUGGGGAGGCUGAGUUUGUAGAUAAUGUUAUGGCGAUGCAUGAUGAGUGGAGUUUGCUACCUCCUAAUCAAGCUGAUCAAGAAGAAUCAGAGGGUGAAAAUGAUGCAAAAGAGCUUGAAAAACUUGAGAAAAUGGAUGUUCAUGAAGAUGAAAAACUUAAGGAAGCACUCCUUACUGGUAUUCAGCAAGAAGGCUCUUUCAGAAUGCAUGGUGUAUUGGCUGGUCAAAAGGUGAUUGCUUUGUUAGAUACAGGUGCCACACAUAACUUCAUCGAUGCCAGGCUUGUGGAGAGAUGA